UAUACAUCCAUAAUGACUACACCAAACACCAACCUUGACAAUAGCAACCAUGAAGACAACUUCCCCUGGCACAUCGGCGUCCACGACGCCCACUGCCACCCCACCGACACAAUGGCCUCCAUCGCCUCCAUCCCAGACAUGAAAGCCGCCUCUUUAACAGUCAUGUCCACACGCGGUCAAGACCAAGACCUCGUCUUUCAAAUCGCCCAAUCCAUCUCCCCUCAUAACCCAGACACAGACACAAACACGCCAGAAAACCCACCGAAAGUCCUCCCCUGUUUCGGCUGGCACCCAUGGUUCGCGCACCAAAUCUACGACGACACCAACGACACCACCCCCAAUACCAACACCACCAACGACAACGACAUAAAAACAACCCACUACACCCAAGUCCUCACCCCCCCACCAACAUCAACCUUCAUCUCCAGCCUCCCUACCCCAACCCCCCUCUCACAACUCCUCUCCGAAACCCGCACCCGUCUAACCUCCCACCCCACCUCCCUAAUCGGCGAAAUCGGCCUCGAUCGCUCCUUCCGCCUCCCCAACCCCUGGACAGACGAGGAAGAAGCCGCGCGCGAUCCGAACACAACGCCGGGCUCACGCGAAGGGCGCACUCUCUCCCAGCACAGGGUACAAAUGGAUCACCAGAAGGUCGUGCUGGAGGCGCAGCUGCGGCUGGCGGGGGAGAUGGGUCGGCCCGUCUCUGUACACAGCGUGCAGGCUCAUGGACUGGUCGUUACUUUGUUGCGCGGGUUGUGGGCCGGACAUGAGCGGAAGAGGCCGUCUAGACGGCAGAGACGGCGGCGGUAUAGUGCUGCUGAGGCGCAUGCUGAUAGCGACAGCGAUGCUGAGGAAGAAGCGCAAGGGAAGCAGGACGGACACGGGUCUCAACCACAGCCCCUCCCCUUCCCACCCCGAAUCUGCAUGCAUUCCUACUCCGGCCCCACAGAGCCGCUCAAACAAUUCCUCGACCCGACCAACCCAUCAGACGUCUAUUUCUCCUUCUCAGCAGUCAUAAACUUCAGCGGACCUUCCUCAGCCAAAGUCAUGGCAGUAAUCAAGGCCCUACCCGACGAUCGAAUCCUCGUCGAGAGUGAUCUGCACACGGCGGGGCCGGCGAUGGACGAGCUGUUGGAGAAGGUCACGAGGCAGGUCUGCGAGUUGCGGGAGUGGCCGUUGGAAGAGGGCGUUCGGCGGUUGGCGGGAAAUUGGAGGCGGUUUGUGUUUGGGUAGGUUGUUGAGUUGUGUGUGUGCGAGGUGUGAAAGGGAAGGGGGGCGAUGUAACUGCUGUACGCUGUAUAGAUAGAUAUGUUGUACCAUGGGGUCCUAUGGACAGGUGGAUAUGUUGUACAAUAAUACCUAGAUAGAUGGCCUAACUCAGGUUGUACGACCAACGGCGCCCCUGCAGAAUCCACAUCCU